UAGACCAUUUUAAUUGACUAUUUGUGGUAGAAUUUUUUAAUUUAUAAAUUAAGUGGUAUAAAGUGUUGUUUUAAGAUAUUUUCGGAUUUAAGAUUGUGUGUUUAGUGAAUAACAGCGAGAUUGUUUUUUUCUAAAGUUGACCCCACCGGAACGUCGUCGCGUGCGCUCGAUGUGAAAUAAAUCAAGCAACACCGAACGAUUUAUCAUUGAACAUUAAAAAGUGUCCAAAAAUAAACAUGGCGCUUAAAUUCAAUGCGUCCGUAACUAAAAUAGAGCAAAAAUAGUAUAGGGGAGGUUUAACUUCCGUUCAAAAUGUGAUAUAAAAAUAGCCAGGAUAUCCCUAUGCUAGUGAAGGAUAACGUUUCUUAAACUAUGGCUGACUAUAAGAGUAGAUUGAGAAUAACGAGUAGGUGUGUGAAACCUUUAUUCUUAUUGUUACGGACUAGGAUGUGGUAUUUAGUGUUUUUAACAGUGUUUGGAGUUUGUAGUGGUUAUGUUGAACAGAAGUUUGCUAUGGAGCCUCAAGAUCAGACAGCAGUGGUGGGUUCCCGGGUAAUAUUGCCGUGUCGUGUGGAAAACAAAGUGGGUCAGCUGCAGUGGACUAAAGAUGACUUCGGUCUCGGUCUUCAUCGAGAUCUCAGUGGCUACGAUCGAUAUAAAAUGAUUGGGAGCGAUGAAGAAGGUGAUUAUUCUUUGGAUAUAAGAGAGGUGACUUUGGAGGACGAUGCCAAAUAUCAGUGUCAAGUCAGCUCAGGACUUAGAGGGGAACCUGCAAUUAGAUCUCGAUACGCCCGUCUGUCUGUCCUCGUCGCACCUGAACCACCGAAAAUACUGCAAGGGAAUUUCUUCUCUACAGCUGAAGACAGAACGAUCAAAUUGGAAUGCGUAUCCGUCGGUGGGAAACCAGCGGCUGAGAUCACGUGGGUAGACAGUAAUGCUGGAGUUAUAACACAAGGUGUUACAAACACGAUCGAACCACUAUCAGAUGGACAUAGAUUUACGGCGAGGUCUGUAUUAAAGCUGACUCCGAAGCAGGAACAUCACAAUCAAACUUUCACGUGUCAGGCACAGAACACGGCCGACAGGGCGUACCGGGCCGCCAGUAUACAAAUAGAGGUUAAAUAUGGACCUAAAAUAAAGUUGUUCAAAAAAUCGGGAAACAAAGGAAAAAUACCUGAAGGAGAGGAUCUUAUUGUUGAUUGCAAAGCUGACGCGAAUCCAAACAAUUUGACUUUCAAAUGGUACCUUGAUGGAGAGCUUGUUGGAAACAAUUCUGAAUUGAUUAUAACAAAUGUAACAAGGAAACACAAUGGAGCUGUACUCAAGUGUUUAGUUUACAAUGAAGUUGGGAAAAGUGAGGAGUCGGAAACAUUGGAAGUUACAUACGCCCCAUCGUUUCGAAGCUUCCCUAAAGACGUAGAAGCGGAAAUCGGUAAAGUGGCAACCCUAAGCUGUGACGUUGAUGGACACCCUGUACCGGAAAUCGAAUGGUUACACAGAGAAGAAGAUCAAAAUAUACGUGUUGGCAGAACUGCGAAUUUGACCUUAACCGUGGACACUCAUACAUCUGGAAGAUACAUUUGUAAAGCAAAUGUUGAUGGUUACCCGGAAAUAGAGGCAGAAGCAGCUAUUUAUAUAAAAGGACCUCCAAAGAUAAUAUCCAAUCAAACACAAUUCGGUUCACAAGGUGAUAGUGUGAAUAUCGAAUGUGCGGCGUUCUCAGUACCGAGAAUAGAUAACAUAUACUGGAGCUUCGAAGAUAAAGACAUUGACGCUGUUCACGAUCAGGACUACGCGUUCUUAGAAGAUUUGCAACCGGGAGGCGUUGUUAAUUCAACGUUGAUCAUCAGGGAAAGUCAAUCAAGACACUUUGGAACUUAUAAAUGUAAUGUCUCCAAUGAAUACGGAAGCGACGUUUUGGAAAUUACCCUCAAACCUACCAAAUCCUUUCCCCUGCUAUUGAUUUUAUUCGGAGCAACAUCUGGGACAAUAAUGGUGGCUGCUCUAAUAAUGUUAGUGAUAUUGUGUCAAAGAAAACAAAGGAAGAAUAAACAAGCUCAGAUGACAGAAAAGCCUGAUGUCACAGUAACUGCGGAGGAAUUGUUCAAGGAAAACGAUAGGAAUUCAAAUAUAAGCGAUUUGAAACUGGAAUUACGUCAAGUUAAUGGUAGUUGUGAAGUUGAUUAUUCCAACACGGGUUCGGACAGUACCUUGUGCUCCAAUGCGAAACUAGGGAGCGGUAUUCCAUUAGCCGGUACAGUCGCGUUGUCAGCGGUGAAUCAGACCAACACAUAUCAAGGGUAUAGAUAUAGCAACGAUUACACAGAUCCCGCCUAUUCUGAGUGUUACAAGGGUAAUGGAUUCAACAAUGGCUAUCAAACAUACGUGCAUUAUGGACACGACUAUACUCCGGGAUCAUUGCGGGUACAGUCACCAACACUCAGCGGUGAAAAAUUGACUCCUAAUAGGUCUAUAAACGGCAGUCUACCAAGAAGCGUUGAAACAUCUUCGACAGUACAAUUCAAUGCGACCAAUGGUUCACAGAAUAAUUCAUUGCAACGGUCUACCAAACGACAGGACAGUAGUAAUGCAUUAAAUAAUUUAGGCGUGCCGACUGGUGAAGGAAGUAGAGUGCCAAACGGUGGUAUCAUCCAUGGCGUAGAUGUAAGAUACGCUGCAACUUACGGCAACCCACACUUACGAACCACAACCAGUCUCGGCUUCCCCACUGUGAACACUGCAAAACCGGCGUCAACACCCGCACCUCCUCCAUAUUCCUCAGUAAGGAAUUCGGUUAUAUUACCAUCAGGUAACUCAUCUCAUUCAAUAACAUCGCCGACGAGCCUCGCGUCGCCACAAUGCGCAACAAGUCCGAUAACAAAUUCAACGAUGUCAACGGAGAGCGCACAGCCAGUGGUUGGCGCAACAUCGACAACGCCGCAAUCUCCGAGCUCGCAUUACAUACUAGCACCAACAACUAGGGCUUUAAGUAAUACGACAGUUACGAAAAAAGGAAAUGGCCACCAACAACCUUUGGCUACUCAUGUGUAAACUAAGAACUAUUA